AUGAUCACUGAUCACAGCAUCUAAGCACAGCAUCUAAGCACACGAUCAGUCCAAGGAAAACAUAUAUUGAUACUUAAAGCAGUUGAUAUUGAAAGAUGGAAUACGGUUGAAUGUUUGUACAAUUGACUGGAAUGGGUCUUUUUACUCAAAGUCCGCUUUUGUUAACAGACAAUUCACUUCUAGUGACCCGCUCAAAACCAUUCCAGUGAUUCUUUGAAGUCUUUCGACUGUUCAACAUUGAUUUUCAUUUUUUCGAUUUUUAAUAUUGAAGUGGCGUUACUGUUAGUUUAAUCUGUCAUGAAAAUGCACUGCACCACAUUCAUUUUUGGAGUUAUUUUAUUUAAAGUUUCUUGCGGAAUACAACAUUACACAGAUCAGUGGGCUGUUCAUUUGACAGGGGGUGAAAGAGCUGCAAAAGAUCUUGCUCUAAGACAUGGCUUUGCUUAUGUUUCUGAGAUAAUGCCAGACUACUAUACUUUCCAACACAGAAAAGUUGCCAAACGAUCAGUGUAUUCUAGUUCUUCCUACCACAAAACCUUAGAACAAGAAUCAAAUGUACAUUGGUUAGAGCAGCAAGUUAUAAAGAAGAGGGUAAAAAGAGACAUUUAUUUUCCACAUAAUUAUGAGUUCAAUGAUCCAAAAUGGUCCAGAAUGUGGUACUUGAGUCGAGGAGGAGGUUUGGACAUGAAUGUAAAAAGUGCCUGGGAGCAGGGUCUGACUGGUAAAGGAGUUAUAGUUACCAUUUUAGAUGAUGGAAUAGAGAAAGAUCACCCAGACUUAAUGAAAAACUAUGAUAGUCAAGCAAGUUAUGAUGUUAAUAAUCAUGAUCCUGACCCUCAACCAAGAUAUGAUUACACCAAUGAAAAUAGACAUGGUACCAGGUGUGCGGGUGAGGUGGCAGCACAAGCUGAUAACCAUAUGUGUAGUGUUGGAGUGGCAUAUAAUGCCAAAAUUGGAGGAGUGAGGAUGUUAGAUGGAGAUGUGACAGAUUCAGUGGAAGCCACAUCACUCAGUCUUAACCAACAACAUAUCCAGAUCUACAGUGCAAGCUGGGGUCCAGAUGAUGAUGGAAGGACCGUUGAUGGACCAGCCACUCUUGCCAGAAAAGCUUUCUUUGAUGGUAUCACAAAGGGAAGAGGAGGUUUAGGCUCCAUAUAUGUUUGGGCCUCUGGUAAUGGAGGAAGAGAUGGAGACAGCUGUAAUUGUGAUGGGUAUACAAACAGUAUUUACACUCUGUCAAUCAGCAGUGCGACAGAAUAUGGAAACAUUCCAUGGUACUCUGAGGCAUGCUCUUCUACAUUAGCAACGACGUAUAGCAGUGGAUCAGGAGGAGAGAAACAAAUAGUAACUACUGACUUGAGAAAGACUUGCACAGAAACUCACACAGGAACAUCAGCAAGUGCCCCAUUAGCUGCUGGACUGGUAGCUCUUGCCUUAGAAGCCAAUCCUGGUCUUACAUGGAGAGAUAUGCAACAUAUUGUGGUACACACUGCCAAAAAAGCCAACUUAAAAGCUGAUGAUUGGAUUGUUAACGGAGUUAACAGAAGUGUAAGUCAUUCCUUUGGUUAUGGCCUAAUGGAUGCAGGUGCUAUGGUCAGACUAGCCAGAAACUGGACAAAGGUGCCUCCACAGCAUAUUUGUGAAAUAAGAUCAAGAGAUGUCGACAAACCUAUUCCAAUGAAUGGUAAAAUAACAGUAUAUUUAGACACAGAUGGUUGUGAAGGAGUGUUGGACCAUGUGAAAUAUUUAGAGCAUGUCCAGGCUAGGAUCACACUGACGGCCUCACGGAGAGGAGAAAUACAGAUCUUCCUGAUCUCUCCAAUGGGAACUAGAUCUACCCUGUUGGCCAGACGUGCUCAUGAUAACUCCAGAGAAGGCUUUAACAAUUGGGCUUUCAUGACUACACAUAGCUGGGGAGAAACUGCUAAGGGAACAUGGAUCCUGGAGAUAGAAAAUGGAGCUAGUUCUUUCCGGGGAGCUAAGUUAAAGGAUUGGGUGCUUGUCUUGUAUGGAACGAAGCAACAUCCACAGGAGCCAACCAAAUCACGAACUAAAAAAAACGAUGACUACAACCCCUAUACUCAGAAUUACUAUGAUAACCCUGUUUAUCCCAAAUCUGAUUCUCAAGUAAAUAAGCAACCUUAUAAUUACAAUCCAGAAAGAAACUAUGAUCCUCAUAGGAAUCGUUACCAGCAUAACUAUCCUAAUUACAAUGAUCCAUAUGAUCAGCGAUUCUAUCAGCGAAAACCUACAACUACAUCGUCGACAACUUCUACCACGACAACCACCACCACCACUACUACUGAAGCUCCAUUUCUGGCCAAGUCCAGCAAUAUAAAUAGACAUGUUUAUCCAAACUCGCACUACAAUGAUCCUUUCUUUCAAAAUCAUAAUUUCCCAAGCAAGGACCACAUGUGCAUUUUUGAAACAUUGGCCAAAAAGAAAAACAUGUCUGCUCAACAAUACAUGAGGAUGGUACGAGAAAACAUGACUCCAGCUCAGUUAAAACAGUGGAGUUUGGUGAUGAGGGGAACUCUAACACAUCCUCAGAAAAAGAAUGAUUCCACUCCAUCUUAUAUGCCCAUUCAACAGCCUUUUAAAUGUGCUGGCAUCACAAAUAAUGGAGUGUGUAUAGAGUGUAAGCCAGGAUUUUAUAGAUAUGGUGAGGGAUGUGUACCCAAUUGUCCUGACCAUUAUUAUGGAGAAAUGGAAACAGUUUUAGUAGGAAAUGGUGGAAAUACUUCUUCCAGGUCCUCCUCGUCAUCCUAUAACAGACAUGGAGUCUGUAAAAAAUGUAACGCUGCCUGUAAGACAUGUAAGGGGCCUUAUGUGACUGACUGCUACCAGUGCAGUAAUGGGUACGAAGUGAGGGACGGUCAGUGUCACAAAAAACCUUUGAUGAACUUCCUUGAUCCAGAUAUGCUGAGUUUCUUUGUCUGGGUUAUAAUACUAUGCACCUCGUUAAUAUUACUGUUUGGUGUUGUAUUUAUAGUGCUACAGGCACGGGACCAUAGAAUUCUUUGUUGGAAAGAAAAAAGACAUUAUGACGAUUCUAAGGGAAAAUAUAACGGUAUAACCGUAAAUCUGUCGGCAGGACAGGAGAGUAGUGAUACAGAACAUAUAGAACAUGUUUUACAAAACAGACAUACAACUAAUUUAAAUACGUGUAAUAUAUAUCAUAAUAAUUAUACACACCAACAUGCAUAGCGCAUGUUCAGUGAUGAUGAUUGUCUGUGUGCGUCUGUAUGUGUCAGCUCAAAAGUUGUAUUAUAAUUAUGUCAAUUUAAUUCAUGUUGCCAGUUGUCAAAAUUUGUUUAUUCAAUUUUGUAUUUUGAUUUUUGUUUAUGAAUGUUUACUAUAUAUGGAUAUGAGAUCCUAGCUAGUUAGAUGAUGUAUAAGAUAUAAUGUAGAUUGAAUGUUGGUAAAAGUUGAAUUUAAUAUUAUAUAUAAUUUGCAAUUGUUCUUUAAGGAGUUGUACAAAAAAAGUGUUAUUAACUGUCUCAUUCAUUUAAAUGGCAUUAUUAAUUGAGUCUUAUAUUUCAUUUUCAGUUCUUUUGAUUUUUCCUAUAAUAUAGCUUAUCAAGAUAAAACAUAAAAUGCCUGAAUUCAGAUUGAUACUUUUCCAGUUAAAAAAUGAUACGAAAGCCAUGCCUCUGAUAUUUACAUGCGGUCACUUAAAUAGAGGAGGGAAUACAUUUUGUGUAUCAAAUGAUGACAGUUUUGGGUCUUAUAUUUAAUCCAAAAUGCCAGUAACUUUAAAUAAAUCUUGGUAAAAAAAAUCCUUAAUUAAUCAUUUGCAAUGAAUAUUGUCAUAAUUAUAUUUCGGGAUAUCAUGAUAUAAUCUUAAAACUAUAAGUCAUGUAAUCAUGUGAUAAAAAAUAGAGCAAUCCCCCAACUGGUGUCAAUGACUAGAAUUGCACAACAACAUUUCUAACAAAGGGCUAAAAAUACCCAGUUAUUUUAUGUACACAUCUUGUGUAUGAAUAGAUAAAACAAAACAAUACAGAAAAAACAUUUCUUAGGAUCUUCAUGGUAAGAAUUAUUUUCAUUAAAAUUAAUCACUUUUAUUCGGUCAUACUUGGUAUUUAAAGUGUACGAUAUUGCUUUAUGAGAGUAGGUUGUACAUUUCAUUAGGUUGAUUGUAAUUAAAGCUCAAUAAGAUGUAUUAUAUUUGUGACUUGGGAACAAAUCAUUUUGUAAAUAUUUUUGUGAUGUUUUAUUGCAGACAGGGAUCACUUAAUUCUUUAUUUUGUUUCGUAUUAAAACACAAUUGUUAUUUACGUAUUAUUGAUAUUAAUGUUUCUGCUGUUUUGCUAUGAAGAAAUAAUCUUGUUGUGUUUUAGUCAUUUACUGUUAAAAGAAGCCAGGUGUAUUUGUUCUAUUUUAGGAGAAAAUUAGGAAAAAAUAUCGUAUGAUCUUGAAAAUAAAAAAUUUGAAAGAAUAAUUUCAAUGUUGAUUUGAAAACUUUGGCAUGUAAUUUUUUUUAGCCACAAAUCAUGUUCCUUUCAAGCACUUUAAAUUGUAUGUACCUAUAAACAGUGUCCCUAUUAUAUUUGGUUGUGACAGAGAAUCUGCUUGCUGCUGGUAGACUUGAUAUUUAUUAUAAAGCCUUGGCAGUACUUAACAGGAGAUUAAUAAUAACAUGAUAAAGUACUGAUGUAGAACAUAAUCAUGUAAUACUUAUUUUGUCAGAACUGUGACUAAUUGACUGUUUUAUUCUUCUUGCUUAAGUAUUUGUAUUAAUGUUAAGAAUUCUCACUCAUCUAAGUAUCAGUACCGUUAGUUUUAGAACGCAACAGCAAAGUCUACUUACAGUUUUCUUUAUUAUGAUUUGUUAAAACUUAGUUUUGGACUUUCUUUAGCCACCCUUAUUGUUAAACAGAACUAAACACAUACUAGGAGCAUUUUCUAGGUUUUUCAGCUUUUGCAGUUCUGAAUCACAAAUUUGUGAAUGAAUUUUAGUAAAGUUAUUAUCAGAUAAUGUAAGUAGAAAAUUUUAGCAGAUGUCAUUAUGCCUCAAAGCUACCUCAGUUUAAAUCAUACUCGUAUUUAGAAUGCUAUCAUUAAAUUGAUAUUACUAUUUCCCUCUGUCAGGAGUUUAAAACCUCCAUAAAAGUUGUAGCUAAUAUUCUGUAUGGAUAUAAACUAGAAAAUGUUGGUUAAGGAAAAUAAAAUAUUUAUAAUUUAAGGUUACUAACUUAAGAAAAAUUGUUAAUGUAUUGCUGUGCUUGGUUUAUUAAGGCUAUGCUAAAACAAAAAUGUUGGGUACAUGAAGCCAAUUAUAAAGCUUUGAAUAGCUUCAAAUCAUGUAUUUAUACUUUGUCAAACCCUUACAAUGAAAUUAAAUGACCACAAGUGUUCACUUGUUCAAGAUGACAAGCCAAAGAAAGGAGUUACAUAUUUUUUCUGUAUAUUUAUUAUGUUGCUAUGGUAAUGUGAUAAUGUAAAUACUUAUUGCUUGCCUUGUAAAUGCUGACCUUCAGAAUACUAACCAUUAGAUACAUCAGAAACAUGUUUUUGUCUACUUAUGAUUAUGUAACGUACUUAGGCCUAACUGAUGACACUUUAUAGUUGAUUUUUGUUCAACAUUAUUAUGUAUUUUUUUUGGUGUAGAAUUAUUAUUCAUUGCUAUGAAAAAUAUCAGGGAAACAUUUUACCUUUCUCAUAACAUAAGAAGUAAUUGAACUUAUUAUAAAUUUUAAGAGCUGUGGAUAAUUUCAUUGUUUAUAUACUAUAAACUACUGUUACCCCAUUGGUUGGUUCUCUACUGAAAUUACUGUUCACAAAUCACCUUGUUUUGAUAUACACUUAUGAUAGUUAUAGGUUUUCUAAUUUAUACUGAAUUAUAGCGAAUCAAAUGAAAGUUUUCCACAGAGUCGUCUGCUCUUUACCAAGGUAUUUAAACUUUUGCAAGUUUACCUGUCCCAUUGAAUCAAUACAAUAGCUAUUGUUCUCUGUGUAGUUUAUUCACUUGGACAUUUAAAUUUCUUCUAGGAGAAAUCUAUCAUUCAUUGACUAAUUUGCCUGACCAAAAAAAUAUCUUCUUUGUUGAUUGAAAUACAUGUAUAAACUCACAUAAACUGCAUGUUAUACAGUAUUUAUUCAAUAUCAAUAAUAUAUAUAUUCAAUCUGUUCAAUAUAAGCACUGAUUUAAUUAUAAAAACUUUAUUUCUGAUUUUUUUUUAAGUACUGCAAGCAUUUAUAUUUCAAAGAAUCUGCAUGAUUUUCAUGCUUCUUCAGUUAUAAAGAAUACAUUUAUUAAGACCUUUAUUUAAACAUUAUCAUUUUAAGUUAUUAUUUGUGAACAGACUAAAAAAUAGCAAAUUUCAAUAGGUAAAAUGUUGAAAUUUGAUCAGAAAUCAACUUUUAAUUUUUAAAUCAGUGUUUAUAUCAAACAAAUUGAAAAUUUGUUAUUGAUUGAAUAAAUACAACAUCACAUGCAGUUUUAUAAUUACUUAUUUGUACAUGUAUUUCCAUCAUUGACAGUUCAAUUUUUUGUUCAGGUAAAUUAAUCAAUGAGUGAUAGAUUUCUCCUAGAAGAAAUUUAAAGGUCCCAGUGAAUAAACUAUACAGAGAACAAUACCUGUUGUAUUUGUUUAAUGGGACAAUAGAACUUACAAAAGUUUAAAUCGACAGGUAACUUGCAGGUGAAUCUGUGGAAAACUAUGAUAGGCUUCGCAAUAAUAGUUCAAUGAAUAAAAACUGAAAUGUAUGUACUGUAUAAAGAACAUAAACAAACUUACGCCACAAUUCUCCAGUUUUGAUUUAAAGUAAAAAUAGAUGUGUUUAUUGAUGAUAAAAUCCUGACAUCUGAGGAAGGUAGAAUGUACCAUUGUUUAUGCACAGUUCAAUAUAGUUAUCUCAGGGUUUCCAUGGUAACCUGGGCACAUUUUGUUUUGUUUUUUCGCAUCUAGUCAUUUUCUUUACUACUUGCAUACAAUUCAUGGGGGUCUUCAAUGGACUUUAAGUGUACAAAUAAUAAAUACCAGAAAGUUAACAAAUACGUAAUAUAGUUCUGAUUUGAGCACUAUGGUUUACCCUAAGCUCUGUUUAAAGAUAUUGCAUAUCAUUUUUCAAUUUUCUUUUUAGUAACAUUAUUUUUGCAGAUCUUCUAUGAAAAAUAAUCAAUGAAAAUUAACAGAAAUCUAAUAUGAUUACAAAUAUAUGUGGAAUCAUGAUAAAAUUUGAUUAACAGGAGUUUACUGGAUCCCCAUGUUUUGCUGACUUAGACAAUCAUUAUAUAUAUAUAUAUUGUACCACCAGAACCAACCAAGCAAUAUUUAUACACUUAUGUUAUGAUGCAUGGUGAUUUUUCAAUAAGUUAUAAUUGUAUGAUGAGAAUAAAUGAUACAAAUAAAACCAUUUACCACCGUU